AUGGAUCUUGUCACGGCCAUCGGGCUGGUGUCGGGCAUCCUGACAUUUGUAUCAUUUGGCACCAAGCUUGUCAAGGGAACCAUUGAGAUUCGGGAAGCGCUCGAUGGCACACUGGACGAAAAUCGCACCCGUCAAGAGGUGGCCCAGGAGAUGAACCGGCUUUCUGCUCGACUCUUACCGCCGGACGAUACCAAGCUCGUCGCCGAAGAAAAGAGUCUUUGCCUUCUCGCCAAAAAGUGCUCGUCGAUGUCGGAGCAGCUGAUCAAAUUGCUUGAGGGUGUCAAGUCCGACAACAGCCGAUCCAUAAGACAAAGUUUAUGGUCAUCCUUGAAAAGCAAAAUGCAUGGAAAGGAGAGGGUGGACUUGGAGCAGAGAUUAGAUCACUGCCGAAACCAACUUGAGCUUCAACUUUUGUUUAUCACGAGGCGCCAAACGGAUGCGUCGCUACAAACUCUAUUCAAACUAGUCAAAGAUGAUACUGCAAAGCUCGAAUAUCUACGGCAGUCCAUCAAUCGACUUGAGCAACAAGUUCACCUCUGCGAUCUCAGUACCGCUGCGCAGGCGCAGAUACGAAGCCUUCUACCCCUUCCAGACCACGUCUCAAAUAGCAUUGCGCAAGACCGGGUGCUUCGCGCACUGGCUUUUGAUGGUAUGCGAAACCAUCAAAAACCUCGUUCAGGAUCCUCACAACACGACGUUUGA